AUGGCUACGAUACCUGGUGAGCUUCGGUUUUCUGUUUUCCACCUUGGUUUUAACUUUCGUGCUUCUACUAAUCAGUGGACUCAAGUAAUUGUCAAACACCAAGGCAAGCGCCACGAGGUCGAUCUCGAUCCGACUGCCAAUGGAGAAACCUUCAAAUUCCAGCUCUAUUCGCUGACUGGAGUCGAGCCAGAACGCCAGAAGGUUCUCGUGAAGGGUGGGCAGCUGAAAGAUGACACAGAACUCUCAGCCCUUAAUGCAAAGCCUGGGCAAACAUUCAUGAUGCUGGGAACACCAAGCGCUAGCAAUAUUUCCGCAGCUCUAGAGAAGCCUAAAGAGACGACAAAAUUCAUUGAGGAUAUGACGGAAGCCGAAGCUGCGAGAGCUGAUGGCGCGACCCCUGCCGGUCUACAAAAUUUGGGUAAUACAUGCUACCUAAACUCGACACUACAGACGUUGCGAACCAUUCCAGAGCUGCAUGAAGAGCUUCUGAAAUAUCAGCCUUCAGCCGGUUCAUCAAAUUCGCGUAGUAUGCUAGGAAUUCCUUCUUCUGGGGACCUGACCGCUUCUCUGAAGGAUCUUUAUAAGCGCAUGUCUGAAACGCAGGAAGGAUUUCCACCUAUAUCUUUUCUGAACUCUCUGAGGCAUGCUUUCCCGCAGUUUGCACAGAGAGCGAAGGAAGGUCCCGGGUAUGCACAGCAAGACGCAGAAGAGGCAUGGUCCCAGAUCAUAUCUCAACUACGCCAGGAUCUCAAAACUAAGGGCGAGAACGGUGAUGAAUCGUCCGAGAUAGCUUUUGUCGACAAGUACCUCGCUGGGAGACUCGAGUCGAUCCUUGAAUGUGAUGACCCUGCGGCGAAAGAAGCAGGUGAGACCGCUAUUGAAACUUCAGACUCCUUCCUUAAGCUAGACUGUCAUAUCGACAAAAACAUAAACCAUUUGCGGGACGGCCUGUUGGCGGGCUUGGAGGAAAAAAUUGAGAAGAACUCGCCUACUCUGAACCGGGACGCGACUUAUACAAAACGCUCUAAGAUCUCUCGAUUACCAAAAUACCUUACAGUGCAUUUUGUUCGAUUUUUUUGGAAACGAGAUAAACAGAAGAAGGUGAAAAUCAUGCGCAGAGUGACAUUCCCACAAGAGCUGGACGUUGUGGAAUUUUGCACUGAGGAGCUGAAGGAAAAGCUUUUCCCUGUCAGAGACAAGGUCCGCGAAAUUCGCAAAGAUGAACGUGAUAUGGAACGAGUUCGUAAGCGUCAGAAGAUCGCACAUAAACGGGAAGAGGAGCAGAAGGCUAAUACCUCCAUGGUCGAGCCUAUCCAAAAAAAACAAAUCGCCACCGAGGACCCUGAUGCGACCACCGAUGUUCCUAUGGAGGAAGCCUUCAAAACUGAUGCUGAGUACGAAUCCGAGCGUGCCGCAGCCGUUAUGGCUGCUAAAAAAGAAUUGUUCAAUCUCAUCGACCCAAAACUCGCGUCUGAUGAUGGCGCCAAUACAUCCGGGCUGUACGAAUUGUGCGGAGUCAUUACCCACCAGGGGCCUAGUGCUGAGAGCGGCCACUACACCUCUUACGUGAAAAAGCAAGGAAGGAUUGUCGAUGACCCUCUCGCUCCCGGCGGCAAGAGAUACGAGGAUGAUGGCAAAUGGUGGUGGUUCAACGAUGACAAAGUUUCUGAGGUUGAGGCGGAGAAGAUCGAAACUCUGUCAGGCGGUGGUGAAUCGCAUUCUGCACUGAUACUGCUUUAUCGGGCUAUCGAUUUGCCAACCGCAGAGGAAGUUAAAGGAUAA